AUGGUGGGGCCACUCUACAACCACACGAUGGACACCUCUGCCAUAUUAUUCCUCGCAGGUAUUCCAGGAUUGCAGUCUUCAUAUCUCUUCAUGACUAUCUCACUGAGUGUCAUGUAUACCAUAGCCCUGGUAGGGAACACCCUCAUUAUAACUGUAAUCUGGAUGGAUUCCACUCUCCAAGAGCCCAUGUAUUGCUUCCUGUGUGUUCUUGCUGCCAUGGACAUUAUUAUGAUCUCUUCUGUGGUACCCAAGAUGGUGAGCAUCUUCUGCUCAGGAGACAGUUCCAUCAGCUUUAAUGCUUGUUUCACUCAGAUGUAUUUCGUCCAUGCAGCCACAGCUAUAGAGACAGGGCUAUUGUUGGCCAUGGCUUUUGACCGUUAUGUAGCCAUCUGUAAGCCUCUACAUUACAAGAGAAUUCUCACACCCCAAGUGACUCUGGGAAUGAGUGUGAUCAUCAUCAUCAGAGCUGUCACAGCCAUGACACCACUGAGUUGGAUGGUGAGCCAUCUACCUUUCUGCGGCUCCAAUGUGGUUCUCCACUCCUACUGUGAGCACAUGGCUGUGAUCAAGUUAACCUGUGCUGACUCCAUGCCCAGCAGUCUCUACAGUCUGGUUGGUUCCUCCAUUAUUGUGGGCUCUGAUGUGGUCUUCAUUGCUGCCUCCUAUGUUUUGAUUCUCAGGGCAGUAUUUGGUCUCUCCUCAAGGAAUGCUCAGUUGAAAGCAUUAAGCACAUGUGGCUCCCACGUGGGAGUUAUGGCUCUGUUCUAUCUACCUGGGAUGGUAUCCAUCUAUGUAGCCUGGCUAGGGCAAGAUGUCGUGCCCUUGCACAUCCAGGUGCUGUUAGCUGAUUUGUACUUGGUCAUCCCACCCACCUUAAACCCCAUCAUCUAUGGAAUGAGGUCCAAACAAAUACGGGAGAGAACAUGGGGUUUGCUGAUACGAUGGCUGUUUGGCCACUGCAACCUGGGUUCACGCACACAACCUCUGUUCACACUUUGA